CUUCCUUAUUUCCUCCAUCUUUAGCUUGGUGGCGUUGAGCUUUAAAAUAAAUCCUCGCAUUUGCAAAACAAGAUGGAUGUUACAGCGUUUAAAUUACUGUUAAUUUCUUCAGAAUUAGUUUACAUUUACUAAUAAGAUUGAGAAUUAUGCUUUACAAACAGUGUGUGUUGCGUAACUAUGUGAAACAAGAAGUGUAGUGCUCAUAAUAUAUAAAACCGGACUAAGAUCGAUAAACAAACAAGCGUAAUUGAUUAUUAAAAAGCUCGCCCCCCAACGUGAACGUGGUUUUGUGUAAUUUUCAUAUUCUAGAUUAUCAUGGCAAACAGUGUAGUUAAAGUAACAGAUCUAAGGGAUGAAGAAAUAAAUGACAGCUUAAUGUUACUUGUUGGUGUGGAUGGUACUGUCACACCUGAUCAAGAGACAGUUGAAACAUAUUUAAGGCAAAAGAAUGGAUCUACUGACUUACAGAUUGUAAAAUUGAAAAGUUCAGAAAAGCAAGGUAUCGACAUUACGGUUGACAAUGUUACUUAUGUACCUGACAUAGUAAAUGAAGAAAUUAUAAAGAUGGACAUGGACGAAAUUGCAAGGAAUGUGUAUAACUUUAGAUUAGAUCAUGACUAUACACCUCUAACAUCUCCAAAAAGCAAAACUACUCCCACAGAUGAUGUUGAUGAACUGGCCAGAACACUCAGUAUACUUGAUGGACCAGCUACAGGACAAAUUUUGUCUGCAGUUGAUCUGUCAGAACCACCUCCUUUGAUACUCGCAUCUGCCAUUAAACCAAAACCAUCAUCAAAAGUAAAACUAAUUCAAUCUAUAACAAUUUCACCUCCAAGCAAUGUGGUCAAUAACCGGAAACCACCUGUGUUAACACCUGAAGUUCCACUUGUCAAAAUUCAGAAAGAGAUAAAGUCACCAACUGUUGAAGAAAAACUAGAAGAGCUGAUUAAACCUUCCAAGGAGGAAACAACUGAACCAGAAAAAAUUGAAUAUGAGCCACUUGCCAAUCUAGUGACUCCUAAAUCUAAAAUGAAAGUAGUAAAACCAGUCAGAAAAAUACAAUCCAAAUUGACAAAACUCAAACUUAAGGAAAGUCUUAAAGAAGAAAGUUCAGAUGAAGAUAGUUUUCUUGAUGAUCAACUGGAUGAAAUAACAUCAAGUGAAGAUAAUGACUCUGAUUUUGAUAUAGAAGAAGAAAUAAAAGUCAAGUUAGCUGGCAAAAGAAUCAAUAAAAGAACAAAACCAGUAGAACCUAGUAAGCCAAUUAAAACUAUUAAGCAUAAAACAAGAGCUAAAGAGAAGAAAGAAGAUAUUAAAAAAGAAAUUCCUCAAGAAAAGGAAGAAGAAAAAGUUAAAGAGAAGAAAGAAGAGCCUAAAUUAGAUACCAAAGAAGUGGAAAAAGAAGCAGAAGUUAAACCCCCUGAAAAGAAGCCAGUGAAAAAAGAGAAGAAGAUACCAAAACCAAUUCCGGAUGAUUUUGCUCUUUUCUCUACUCCUGAUAUUAUCAGACGGGUUGGGGGCAAGGAACCAACUACACCUUCAACUCCUCUAACUCCAGAAGUCUCUCCCAUCAAACCAGCUAAAAUUGUACCUACAGAACACAGAAAAUCAUUAGAAAAUUCCCCACACUCUGUCAAAGCCAGACACAGUAUAGAUUCCAAAGAAAAGGAAAAAGAUAAAGAUAAGGAAAAGGUUAAGGAAAAACACCAAGAGCAUAAGAUCAAGGAUUCUAAGGAGAGAAGGCCAAGCAUCUCAGAAAUAAAAUCAAAGCGUUUAAGUGUAGAUGAAAAAUCAAAACCUAAGGAUGUUAAACACGAUAGAAGAGCAUCAGAUGCUAGAAAACAUGAAAAAUCAAACAUAAGACAAGAUGGUACGGUAUUGAAUUUGGACAUGGCAAGUGUUGAAGACAUUAGGUCUAUUAUACUGAAUGAAGAUACCAAAUCUUUUACUAUGGAUACAAUUAUAAACACAUCAGAUGGUCAAAAUUUAGAAUCCAACAUGAAUCUAGAUACGACAGGUUUGGAUUUAGAUCCGGCGAUACUAGACAAUUUGAAUAAUGAUGAGAUUUCUGAGGAUAUUCUGUAUCAAGUAGCUCAGUCCUUGGUUUCUAAUCCAGAAUUACAGAAUGCCAUUGACAAAGGCAUAAAUGAAGGAGUUCUGGAUCCAAUGACUGUCGAUAAUGUAGUUAGUUCCCAAGAUGUGUCUCAGCAAAAUACGUCCAAUGACGUUAUACAGGGUGGAACACAAAUAGUAAGGCCAGAUGGAAGGGUUAUCAUUAUACCACCAUUGGAGAGACCAACGACGAGAAGCAGGAAUAAAAAGACAACAUCAGUUACAGCUCCAGCUGAAGAUAGCAAACCGUCUUUCAAACCCAUUCAUAAGCCCCUUGAUGAUGAACAUGUGUCAGGAAAUGAGCUUGACAGCUCAGCCGAUGAAGAGGAAGAGUCAGAAGACGAUCCCAAUAAACUGUGGUGUAUAUGCAACCAGCCACACAACAACCGAUUUAUGAUAUGUUGUGAUACUUGCGAGGAGUGGUACCAUGGAAAAUGUGUAAACAUCACAAAGACAAUGGGCCAGCAAAUGGAAGCGGAAGGAAAAGAGUGGAUUUGUUUAUUUUGUAAAGAUCCUAAGUUAAGGAGGCCGCAAGCAGCAGCUAGAAGAAUCAGAAAAGCUUCCAGAAAUUCAAGAACUUCCACAGAAAGCUCUGGUAGUACAGCUAAGAAAACAGAAACAGUGGCAAAUGCUAUUUCUUGUGUCGUUUGCCAAAAACCUGCUAGGUCGAAUUCCGUUUAUUGCAGUGAAGGAUGUAUUCUUGCUCACGCACAAGGAAUCGAAACGGUGCUAGUUUAUGAGAGAUCAACUGGUAAGAUGGUAACUGGAAAUAAAGUUCCGAGUGCGGCUAAUCUGGAUCAGUGGCUGAAAGAACAUCCAGGAUUCGAAGCUGUUAGAUCAGGAGAGGUUAAAGAAGUCGUUACCGCAAAGGCUGGAAACUUGGCACAAACAAAACUCAAACUAGUGAAAAAUACAACAGAUCAUGGAGUAUCUCUAGCUGUCCAAAAAAAGGGAGUAAGUGUGGGAAUUAUUAAGCAUUCCCCAAAACAACAGCAAUUGCACCAACAAGUGAAGUCUGCACUCAAAGCCUCUCUACUAGGGGCAAAACAAUCUCCCAACAAAACACCGCCACAUAUAAAGGAGUCCCCGAAAGCGAAGUUUGUAAAACCAGAAGUCUUGAAAAGUCCUCCAGUAACACCGAACAAGCCAAAAUUAGUACAGACUACAUUGGUAAAAACUCCCCAAACAAGUUCCGAGAAGAAACCGAAACCGCCGGUGAGCGUAAAGGAAAGGGAACGAAGUUCGAGUAUUACUGGGAAAGACAAAACCAAAACUCCCAGACAAAGAAAGGAUAGCACAAAAGACCGAGAAGAAACCACUCCCCAAAAACCGCAGGAGAAUAUAAGAGAGAAUGUCCAAAAAACCGUAUUUGAACAAUUGACGAACCGUUUGAAAGGUGUUACUGACCUAAAAUUAUCUGAAGAAGAAGUCAAAUCAAUUUCGUUGGAAAUCGAAUCUCAGCUGUAUAAAUGUUUUGGGGAUACAGGUCAGAAGUACAGAAACAAAUAUAGAAGUUUAAUUUUUAAUAUAAAAGAUGUUAAAAAUCAAACUUUGUGGAGACGAAUAUGCGAGAAAAAUAUAACACCGUAUGAACUGGUUAGGUUGUCAACGGAUGAUAUGGCCAAUCAAGAAUUAGCACAGUGGAGGGAAAAGGAAGCCAAACAUCAAUUGGAUAUGAUUAAAAAAUCUGAGUUGGAGCUGUUAAAUUGUAAUCGACAAUAUGUACUCAAGACGCACAAAGGGGAACAAGUUGUAGAAGAUGACACCGGUAAUAAAGUUGAUAAUACUGAAAUGAUUAAGAGUUUAACUGAAGGUUCCACUUUGGACUCUGGAGAAUCAAAUAGGGAUACCUCUAAAGAACGUGACAAAAAGAGUACAAAACAUAGCCACAGAGAUAGAGAUCGAAAUCGCAGUAAAGACAAGGAGUACCGAAGUCACCGAUCUUCGAGCAGGGACAGAGAUAAAGACAGAAGUAGACGAAGGUCUAGAAGUCGUGAUCGAAAACACAGCGAUCGUAAGAAACGAUCUAGAUCGAAAGAGAGAGAUAGGCACAGAAAAUCAUCACACAAAUCAUCAAGACAUAAGAGAGAUAUAAUUUCGACUACGGAAAAAUUGGAUAAAAAAUCUAAGGAAAUUCUCGAACAAUUAGUUGAUAGUAAGAUAGUGCCACCAUUGGAAGACAGGUUAUGGAAACAUGUGCCCCAAGAAGACAUUGUUCCAGGUAAGGCAAUUGAGAGUGAUAGUGACCACGAGCCUUCAUCAACUGUUACUAUUCCCACUCCUCCCAGGGUCGCUGAUAGCAGCGAAGAGGAUAAGAAUUUACCAGUAUCACCCGAAAAAGAGAAGGAUAUAUUUGACUUCGGUAUUAGAAGUACAUCACCGCCACCGAUAACACGACCAACCGAAAUAUGGAGGGGUGUUAUCAACAUGGUUGAUGUUGCUCAAAUAUCGAUCAUUGCUCAUGAAGUCUCUGGAGACUGUGUGGGUUUAAAUAAAGAAUUAACAGCUAAUCUGGAUAUAGUUGGCAGAAUAUCCCCGGACACUGUAUGGGACUACAUCGGCAAAAUGAAAUGUUCCAACAGUAAGGGCAUUUCUCUAAUAAGGUUAAAUCCCACCAAUAUAGAAGAAAAGAUGCCGUAUCUGGCUUUGUACAGUUAUCUUAACAGUAGAGAUCGACUGGGUGUGGUGAAGUGUGUAAAUAAAGCUGUUAAGGACUUUUAUAUUUACCCUCUGGCGCCCCAGAAACCUAUUCCUCAAGUGUUACUACCUAUUAAUGGACCAGGUUUUGAAGAAUCUCGUCCGUCUCUUUUGUUAGGAAUUAUCGUUAGAGAUAAACGAAAACGACCUUAUGUGGAGCCCACUCCAGUAUCGCAUUUACCAGCCGCCAAAAAGUCCAGAAUAAGUACACCACCGCUUCCUGUAGCUCCACCACCACUUGCACCUCCACCACCUCCACCUCCACCACCCCGUUCCUACACACCGCCACCCGUUAAUGAUCCACGGUUAAAUAAAAAAUUACCCACACCUGCUACACUAGCACCUCCGCCACCUCCAGCAGAACCGAUCACGAUACCUCCACCCGUAGUACCCAUUAGUGUGCCGCCUCCGCCACCACCGCUGACAAUUGCUUCAUCAAUAUUACCAUCUGUUAUACCUGGACUUGAACCUCCUACGCCGCCGCCAAUAGUUAUACUUGAAGAAGAUGAACCCUACAGUCCAGGCGAUUCAUCUGAUUCAGACGUACAGAUAAUUGAAUCAUCGUCGCCAAAACAACCACCACCCGCUUCCACUACAUGUUCCGCAACAAGUUAUCCGGAAAUACCAGGUCUUACUCUUGGAUUUUCCGCUAACCCUAUAGAAGUUCAGAGGCAAAUUGAAGAGCUAAACAAAAAAAUUGAAAUGCAAAAAUCAGAAAUUACGAGCAUGACCCAAAAUAUUGCAUCGUCCGAAAUUGGUACUUCAGCACUGGCUAGUAUCGCAUUACCUAAUAACCUCCAACAAAUUCUGGAUAGUAUUAGAACUAAAAAAGAAGCUAUUGACACUGUAGUUGCUUCUGUGGAACAGACUAUUCAAAGUGAUCUCACAAUACCCCUUAUGAUUCCGAAGACAUUUACCCGACCUUUAAACAAUACCUCCGUGGCUCCGCCGCCGCCGUUCCUAGAGUCGUCAAGUGAUACCAUACCUUUAAAAUUACCUCCCAAACCACUUAUAAAACCGACGUCAGUAAAUUCCCCCCUUUUGGACGAUAAACCCAGUGUGCUCAGUUCGUUAAGCGCGGAGGAUCUAAUUAAAAAAGCGGCGGAAAUGUUGGGAGAAACUGGAGGCGAUAAGAGAACCUCAGAAAGAGAACUUCCUGUGGCUAAAAGAUCAAGGACUGAAGUGAAUUUACCACCAGUGCCCGGCGUGAACAAUGAUCCGUAACAUUAAGCGACAUUUUUAAAAUUAAUCCAAACUAUGAAUUGAUUAGAGGUUUGUGGGAUUUAGAAAACUACAUAUUAUUGUAUAAAAGCUGUUUGUACCUAUAUUCACAGAACGAAAUAGUGUCAGUGAUUUAUUUCGAAGUUCGUGGAUCAUUACGGAAUUUGAGGAGAAAGAGGAGUAAUUUCAAUGGCGUGUAAAAUGUUACUAUAAUUAUAUAUAACAACUAUAAUUUUAUAAUUAUACUAUUAUUUUAGUAAGCAAUAAAUAACAUUUCAUGCAACAAUUACCUGCCACCUAUUUCGUACUUUGAUUAUAUGUCGCUUUUGAAAUCACUAUAAAUGUGAAGAUAAGUAAAAACUGUUACUGUCACGUAUCACUUCAAAAGUUGCUGUUUUCAGAUCGCAGCUCGAUAUUCUAUAGUAAAUAAGUUAACAUUUAUUUGUGACAUUUUAUUAUCUUGUUUAUAAUAUUCCAAACAUUAAAAAGAGCAUUAAAAGAUAGUAGCAGGCAUAAAAACAAAUGGCCUACCUAUAUGUGAAAUUAGAUAUGCUGAUGAUACAAUACUAAGAGCAGAAAAUAUUACAGAUCUACAAAGAAUUUUAGAUAAGGUUGUUGCAACGAGUGAAGAAUUUGGUCUGUCACUAAACAUACAGAAAACAAAAUUCAUGGUUACAUCAAAGAAAAAUAUUACAAUCAUCCAUCUACACGUAAAUAAUAAGACGAUAGAACGAGUUCAGAAUUAUAACUACAGUACAACCUGUCAUAUCCGGACCUGUCAUAUCCGGACCUCCCCAUAUCCGGACGGUUCUGCGCCGUCCGGAUCUACCGAAAUCUACCGAGAAAGGCAGGCCUGCUGUUGGACAACGCACUAAAAGAAGAACUAAAAGAUGGCGAAAUAAUGUAUUGUAAAAUCUAUAAAACGUGUCUUUCGACGAAAGUUAUUGACGGAGUUGAUUACUGGAAUGUAUGAAGGAGAAAACGUUUCAGAGACUAUAAAAGAAGUAGUGGUCUUGAUAUCCGGAUUUUUUCAUAUCCGGAUCGGUCUGUCGCCACAUUGAUCCGGAUAUGGCAGGUUUUACUGUAUUUAGGGACACAUUAAUGAAACAAACGAUUAUACCAAAGAAAUCAGAGUUAGAAUAGAAAGGGCUUGAAAUGCAUUCAAUAAUAUGAAACAAAUAUUAUGUAGUAUGGAUGCAAUAAAACACCUAAAAAGUAAUAAAUCUCCAGGAAGUGAUAGUAUAUUCGCGAAACUUAUUAAAUAUGGAGGUGCUACUCUGACUAAUCAAAUAUAUAAAAUAAUACUGAGAGCCUGGAAUGAGGAACAAAUCCCGGAAGAGUGGUGUAUUGGAAUCGUUUGCCCGCUACACAAAAAGGGUGAUCAAUUGGAAUGUAGAAACUAUAGGGGAAUAACCCUCCUUAAUACAGCUUACAAAAUAUUUUCGAGUAUCUUAUAUGGUCGCCUAAAGUGCACAUUCAGAGGAGCUUCUUGGAGAAUAUCAAAGUGGUUUUAGGCCUGGUCGAUCAACAACAGACCAACUCUUUGUGCUAAGGCAAAUACUGGAAAAAACCAAUGAAUUCAAUAUCGACACAUACCAUUUUUUCGUAGAUUUCAAAUCGGCCUAUGAUAGUGUCCUAAGAAAUAAAUUGUAUGAAGCCAUGGAUGAAUUCCGCAUCCCUGAUAAACUGAUAAGAUUGGUUAAGGCUACAAUGCGUAAAGUCGUUUGAAAAGUCGAAAUACAGGGUGAACAAUCACAGGCGUUUGUAACGAAUGUUGGGCUGCAACAUAGCUCUGGAAAAGGUGGUCAGAGAUGCCCGAAUAGACAACAGAGGAAAUAUUUUUAAUAAAUCAUCCCAAAUUUUGGCAUAUGCAGAUGAAGUGGACCUAGUUGCCCGCACAACACGCAAACUAGAAGAAAUGUAUACCACCCUCUCAAAUGCCUCAAAAAAUAUGGGCCUGAAAGUAAACGAGGAGAAAACUAAGAUGAUGGCAUCAACACCCAACAAUAGAGCCAGAAAAUCGGUCACCAAUUCACUGUUGAUAACUCUACCUUUGAAGUGGUGGACAAAUUCACAUACUUGGGCUCCCUGAUCACCAAGGAAAACGUCAUGACGGAAGAAAUCAAGCGAAGGAUAAUCCUAGCGAACAAAUGCUAUUUUGGACUGAGUAGUAUGAGAAGCAGAAACUUAAGUCAAAAAACAAAAAUAACUAUAUACAAAAUCCUUGUACAACCAGGGUUGACAUAUGGAUCGGAGACAUGGACCAUCUCCAAGGCAGAUGAAAACCUGCUUAUAUUUGAACGAAGGAUCCUGAGAGGAAUGUUCGGUGGCAUCUGUGAAAAUGGUAUUUGGAGGAGGAGGUACAACUACGAGGUAUACCACAGAUAUGAACAUAUAUUUGGUGGUAAAGAGGUAGUAUCUCAUAAGAAUAGGAAUACUAAGAUGGGCAGGACAUCUAGCAAGAUUACAGCAUAACAACGCCACUAGAAGAAUCCUUAUGUCACAACCUGUGGGAAGUAGAAAUAGGGGUAGGCCAAAACUUAGAUGGAAGGAUGGUGUAGAUGAGGAUGGAAGAAAAAUAGGCGCAGCAAACUGGCAACGGUUGGCAAUGGAUAGGACUGACUGGCGUAAUAGACUGGGAAGGUCGAGGCUCUUUCAUAGGGCUGUAGCACCAUUGAUGAUGAUGAUAUUAUGUAGUAGAGACCUCAGCCUAAAUAUUAGAAAACUAGUACUGAAGUGUUACGUAUUUUCUGUUCUUUUGUAUGGUGUGGAGACAUGGACUCUUAAUAAACAAUGUCUCAAUAGAUUGGAAGCAUUUGAAAUGUGGACCUAUCGAAGAUUGCUGAGAAUCUCCUGGACCGAGACAGAAUAACCAAUGAAGAAGUACUAAGAAGAGUAGUGAACAGCAAGGAGAUACUGGAUUCCAUCCAAAUACGAAAACUGCAAUACUUGGGUCAUAUAACACGUGGUGACAGGUAUGAAAUCCUGAAAUUAAUAAUGCAGGUAAAGAUUCCAGGAACGCGCAGCAUAGGUCGAAGAAAAAUGUCCUGGCCGAGAAACCUCAGAGAAUGUUUUGGAUGCAGCUCAACUGAACUCUUUCGGGCUGUAGUGUCAAAAGUUAGAAUAGCAAUGUUGAUUGCCAGCCUUUGUCGCAGAGAUGGCACGUAAAGAAGAAGAAUUGUCUUAUUUGAUAGAAUUUAUUCUACAUGUAAAUAAUCCGAUACAACGAGAUUUUGAAGGGCUCGAUAGAAUUCUUUUGAAUUAACGAAAAUCUUUGCCGAACGUUUAAUCGAGAUUUAAUACUCAACGUCUCUCUAUCCAAAGAUUUAUGUAUCUUGGUUAUCUUUAAUCCACUGACCCCAAAUUCACUAGCAAUCUUCGUUGGGCCAAAAACAUAUACAUAUUAGUAAGCAAGUUAACCUCUCUUUAAAUAUAUACAGGGUGUCCCCGAAAAUAGUGCGUUCCUUUAAGGUAUGGAUAAAAUACACAUUUUAGAACAAAAAAGUCAUACAACAUUUUUUCUGAAGUUAACCGUUUCCAAGAAAAAAAUUACAUUAUUCGCCAUUUAAGUGAAUUUUUAUUUUCAUAAAUUCGAAUGACAUGGCAACGUGGCGUAGAAGAACUUGUUGUUACUUCCGGAUACAACUGACCUACAAACCUACUAUUUUUAAUUGUACGUUGUUGUCAGACUUCAAUUUGCAUGUCAAAAUGUAUUUUCGUUUUUUUGAUCAAACGGCGGAAUUUAGAAAAAAAUGUUAUAAGACUUUUUUGCUCUACAUUGUGACAUCUACCUAUACCUUUAAGGAACGCACUAUUUUCGGGGACACCCUGUAUAUGUAACAAAGAAAAUUCGUUAGUUUAACUUUAAAGUAUCAAAAUUGUAUUGAAAUGCAAUAAAAAUAUAAUCGACUAAUCAAUUUUAUUCGACCAAUAACUAUUCACCGAUUUAUUUGUUGUUGGUGAAACCGCUACUUAGCCAAUACUUUACUGCAAUCAAUAAAGCACAGAUAUAUCGAUACAUUUUUGGCAAAGUAACGUAAGUGACAUUUUAUGUUUUUCCAUUAAACUAAAGCUAUUAUUGUUUAGAAGGUACUGCCAAAGUGUUGUAAGUCUAGAAUUACUUCAAACAUAAUAUAUAUCUAGGCUUACAACACUGUGGCAGUACCUUCUAAACAAUAAUAGAGUUUCUUUAAUGGAAAAGGAUGAUUCGCCAAAAAUGUCACUUAUGUUACUUUGCCAAAAAUGUAUCGAUAUUGUUAUGUUAAAUUCCCUGGAAUAUUUAGGUUGGCGGCUUUAUGGUUUUCUGCCUGUUAAUAAUUGCUAAUACUUCGAAUGCAUUCAGGUUCUUUUACAAAUGUUGUGUCAUAUUAUAUUGGUGAAUACCUAAUUUUGAUUUUGUAAAAGGUUGUUUCUGACGGAAACUUAUAACCAUAGAUUCGACAAUGACAGUUUUUAUAUUAACUAUAUGUAGUUUUGCAUUUUCUUUUAAAUUUUCGUUGUAUUCUAGUUAAAAUGCGAUAUAUUUUUGUUUGACAAAAUUUUUGUUACAUAUUUUAUAUUGAAGUGGAAAUUUUAAAUCAGAAUCAUUUUCAUUAAAUGAAAAACUAACAGUCAAAAAAGUACAAAUUCAACUAAAAAAUAGUUCGGCAAACAGUGCAAGAAAUUAUUUCCAAUAGUUAAUAAGUAAUUAUUGUAUAACAAGCUUGAGUGGUAGGUAUUUCCCAUGAAAUAUGUACCACUUUCUAUUUUUCCAAGUGUAAUGCAAAACGGAAAAAUAUUGUAUACUUACUUUUCUAUAACUAUAUUCUAUAAACAUAGACUGGUUCUGUUUUGAUUUUACUAAUAUGCAAUUUUAUAUUCCUCUUUUUCGACUAUUAAUUUUAUGUUUGUGCCAUCGCAUGCAGGGACAGGUAAUGAGUAUACAGGAUAUAAAUGUGCAUCUCUUUGAUUUUUCUCAGAGACUUUUACACUGAUCUUAAGAUGAUCUGUUGUAUCUGGUUUCUUCUUCUUUAAGUGCCCUGUCCGUUGCGAACGUUGGUUAUUAACAUGGCAAUUCUGAUUUUGUUUGCGGCACUUCUGAAUAGUUCGACCGAUGUGAGCCCGAACCACUUCCGCAGAUUUUGGAGCCACGAGUGUCUUCUCCUGCCUCGCCCUCGCUUACUGUCUAUUUUCCCCUGUAUAAUCAAUUAAGUAGACGGUACUUAUCGUGUCUCAAUAUGUGGCCUAGAUGUUCAAGUUUUCUUUGUCUAAUUAUGCUCACGAUUUCUUUGUCUUUUCCGAUUCUGUUGAUUACCUCUAUGUUAAUGACAUGUUCGGUCCAGGAUAUACGAAGAAUGCGUCGGUACACCCACAUUUCGAGGUUUUUUUCAUGGGCGUCUCUGUCAGCGUCCAGGCUUCCACACGAUAUAGUAAGAUCGGGAAAACGUAUCAUUUAACGAGACAUAGUUUAGGGAAAGACACCAAUCCUUGCUAAUGAUGAGCUUUUUCAUAGUGUUAAAUGCUGCUCUAGCUCGUUAUAUUCUCGCCGUAAUUUCUGUUAGGGGAGUGCAUAUAGAUUUCCACUUCGGAAAAAAUCAAACAAUAUAGAACUUUUUGUAAUUUCAUUAAGGCUAUGGGUACGUAAUUCGCAAAUAUUUUACGUGUAUCCCUACUUUUUCUGUCUUUACACGGCAAAUUACGUGUAGUAAAAUUCACACUGGUGUGGAUAUGUAAACAUUACUAGAAUGUCAUUCUACUAGAAAAUGUCAUAAUUAAUUUAAAGAGAUGGCUUUUGAAUGUUCUUGGAUAACUGUUAUUUUUAUAAUUGCAAAUUAUUAAUUCAGUUAAUAAAUGUGAUAAUUUUUUCACUAACUAUGUUUUCAGUUAUUGUAAUAAUUUAUUUGUACAACAAAAACUAAUAAUCAAUCGAGAAAAGAGGAAAAGUGUUAAAGUGAUUUUUUAAUAAUAUGUUGUUAUUUUGGAACGCUUACAAUUUUGAACAUCUCUAACAACAAAAUACUUGGAUCACAGGAUAUAUCUGAUGUAUUCUCUGCUUGGAUCUUCCACAAAUAAUACACAAUAAAUAACUUUUUAUUAAGUUCACGUCUUAAAUCAAUUAUUUAUCAAAUACACUAUAUUAUUUAAUCAAUUUCUCAAAAUAUUCCCGAUGCAAUGUCAAAUAUUUAAAAUUGUCACUGAUUGUCAGUGUCUGACUGACAAUAUAGCUGACAAUAUUAUAUUCGGUUGAGUGCGUUGUAAGACAAAGACAGAUUUGGAAAAUAUUACCACGGCAUUGUGUUCAUUUUUUUCAAAUCCUGAAAAAACCAAUAAAUAUUUUUGAAAAAUUUAAACGCAGAAUGAAAGACUAAAUUAUUACCGAGGGCCGAAAGUCCCUUAGAAUAAAUAAAAAGUUUAUUUUGAAUGAGAUAUUUGAAAUUAAAUAUCACACUAAAUUUUCUCUUAGUUUUUUCACCCGUGUAACUUAUUAAAAUAAACAUUAUAGAAGUUCUCAGGGACUUUCGGCCCUCGCUAAUAACGUAAUCUUUCAUUCUGCGUUUAAAUUUUUCAAAAAUACUUAUUAGUUUUCUCAGGAUUCGAAAAAAAUAAAUCCCCAUUUGAAUAGCAUUGCAGCCGAAAAUACGUACCGAUCCUCUUAAGAAAUGUUUAAUAAACAACAUAUCAAAAAGUUCUACUCGAGAAGUGGGUGCUUCAUUUUUUAUUAAACAAAUGAACUACGAAGUUUGAUGUUCUUUUAAAUAACUCCGAAAAUAUAAAUUUUAGAACAAAACUGACUUGACCAUUGAAAAAUUCAGAAAAUUUUACAAAAAAAAUUUAUAUAAAGAAUUUUCUAAAAUUAAAUCUGUAUCUUCUAUAAUUUUUUAUUUAUAACGCUAAAGUCACCCUUCUCACAAACAUUGGCGCACUGUAAACUAGCGUACGGCGAAGUGCGCGGUUGAGUUAUUUUAAUGUAAUUCUUUAACUAAUGGAUCAAAUGAAAUUUUACAAAUUGAUCUAAAAGAAGAAUAAUUACGCUAUCUUAUGGUUAUAAUAAAAAGAAAUAAAAUUUUAACUAUUUAUAAUGGGAAAUAAGCCACAAUGUUAGUAAAAAAUGAUUUUUAUUUGAUAUUUUAUGAUAUUUAUUUCUAAACGAAACCAAUUGUGUCGCAAAUUCCUCGGUGGAAUGCAGUAGGAUGUGGAUACCCAUACUGAAAGAGGAAGCCAAUAGAAAGAAAAUACCACAAUUAGUAAGUCAAUAG